AUGCUGCCGGAAGGAAAGAGGGAGAAGUUCCCAGAGAAGGAGAAGCCCAGCCUUCUUGAAACCGAACGAAUAAAGUUUUUGACUAAUGCAAAUGAAGAAUGGAAGGAGUUAGAGAAGAAACUGCUCACUGAUAAAGACCAUGCAACAAAAGUGCAGGAGUGUGUCAAUGAUGCGAAACCGAAGCUGAAAGCCCAGAAAGGAGGCGCUAGCUGA